UUUCUCUCUUUGGACUUCUUUUGACUUCAUUUCACUCACUCUCUCUCUCUCCUUCUUCUUCUUCUUUUUCCUCUCUGGACUUCAACAACCUUUUUCUUUUGGUUCUCUCUCUCUCUUUCAUCCUUCUCGCAAUGCUUCUUUGCCUUCUUCCAGAUCCAGCUAAUGCUCCACAUUGCGCGCUGUAUUUCUAACCUCUGAUCCCGAAGCGACGCCGUCUCGCCGCGUUUCUCGUACGGAAAACCCUAGAUCUACGAUGCUCCACCUCCGGCAACGCCGCGACGCCACGCCGGCCACCACAAGGUGGCGCAACACGUUUGAGGAGAAUCUGGAGCAGUGGCCGCACCUCAACGAACUAGUCCAUUGUUAUACCACGGAUUGGGUCAAGGAUGAGAACAAGUACGGACACUAUGACUCCGUUGGAACGCCGUCGUUUCAUAACCAGAUAUAUGAAGGCCCUGACACUGACAUUGAGACCGAAAUGCGGCUUGCUGGGGCAAGGCGAACGAAGGGUGAUGAUAUUAGUGAAGAUGAUGCACCAAGUACAUCGGGAAGGCAGUUUCCGGAAGGUGCGGAUGGUGACUUGCUUCAUGCAGAUGUUCCAAAGCAUAUUGGUCAAUCUCCCCUUCCUGCUUAUGAACCAGCAUUUGAUUGGGAAAAUGAGAGGGCAUUGAUAUUUGGACAAAGGAUACCGGAAACUCCUAUAUCGCAUGGAAUGAAGAUAUCUGUAAAAGUUCAGUCUUUACAAUUUCAAGCAGGAUUGGUUGAGCCCUUUUAUGGUACAAUUUGCUUAUACAAUAGGGAGAGAAGAGAAAAGUUGUCGGAAGACUUUUACUUUCACGUCUUACCAACAGAAAUGCAGGAUGCCAAAAUUACAUAUGAACCUCGUGCAGUCUUUUACUUAGAUGCACCAUCUGCUUCAGUUUGUUUGUUAAUCCAGUUAGAGAAGCAUGCUACUGAAGAUGGCGGGGUUACUGCUUCUGUUUAUUCACGUAAAGAUCCAGUGCACUUGACUGAGAGAGAGAAGCAAAAACUGCAGGUGUGGUCUAAAAUCAUGCCUUACAAAGAGUCCUUCGCAUGGACCAUUGUAUCAUUAUUUGAUAGCAGUAUUGGUGCAGCUUCAGUAGGGCCUGCUUCCCCGAGCAGCCCUCUUGCUCCAAGUGUAUCUGGUUCAAGUUCUCAUGAAGGUGUUUUUGAGACUAGUGCAAAAAUGUCAUUAGAUGGAAAGCUGAGUUACUCUAAUGGAAAUUCUGUGGUAGUUGAGGUUUCAACCUUAAAUAAAGUAAAAGAAUGCUAUACGGAGGAAUCACUUCAGGAUCCUAAACGUAAGGUGCACAAACCGGUCAAAGGUGUUUUGAGGCUGGAAAUUGAGAAACACCAGAUUUCCCAUGCUGAUUUGGAGAAUGUGUCAGAAAGUGGAAGUAUAACCAAUGAUUCUGUUGACCCAGGGGAUCGUGUUGCAGAUUCACUAUCUGGAAAGUAUACUAGUAAUGGCUGUGAUGAUCCUCAGGGUAGCAUCCCCAGGGUAGUAUCUCCAGCUUCCGGAAAUGGAGCUACUCAUCAUGGAAAUUCAGAUUUUAAUGCUGAAGAUUUCCAUGCAUUUGACUUCCGCACUACAACAAGAAACGAGCCUUUUUUGCAACUUUUUCACUGCCUAUAUGUGUAUCCGUUGACACUAAGUUUGGGUAGGAAAAGGAAUUUGUUUAUACGGGUUGAACUCAGGGAGGAUGAUGGUGAUAUCCGUAGGCAGCCAUUGGAGGCAAUAUAUCCUAGAGAUCCAGGUGUGGAUGCAUCUCUUCAGAAGUGGAGUCACACCCAAAUUGCUGUUGGAGCUAGGGUUGCUUGCUACCAUGAUGAAAUUAAACUUUCCCUCCCUGCUAUGUGGACACCAACGCACCACCUUCUAUUUACUUUAUUUCAUGUUGAUCUGCAAACGAAAUUAGAGUCUCCGAAGCCAGUAGUAAUUGGAUAUGCAGCACUUCCUUUAUCUUCCCAUGCCCAGCUGCGGUCUGAAAUAAAUCUUCCAAUUAUGAGAGAAUUGGUUCCUCACUAUCUACAGGAUUCAGGACGGGAGAGAUUGGAUUAUUUGGAAGAUGGGAAAAGUGUGUUCAGAUUGCGUUUACGAUUAUGUUCUUCGUUAUACCCUAUCAAUGAACGUAUUAGAGAUUUCUUUCUUGAAUAUGAUCGGCACACUCUUCGAACAAGUCCACCAUGGGGUUCUGAACUUCUGGAGGCUAUUAAUAGUUUGAAGAAUGUUGAUUCCACUGCUUUACUUCAGUUUCUUCACCCAAUUCUUAACAUGCUACUCCAUCUUAUUGGCAAUGGCGGAGAAACACUCCAGGUUGCUGCAUUUCGGGCCAUGGUUAAUAUUGUAACCAGGGUGCAGCAGGAGUCGGUUGAUGAUGCCGAAAGAAAUCAUUUUCUAGUCAACUAUGUUGACUGUGCUUUUGAUGAUUUUGGUGGUCGGCAACCACCUGUAUAUCCCGGACUAUCCACUGUUUGGGGAAGCUUGGCACGAAGUAAGGCCAAAGGUUAUCGUGUUGGACCUGUGUAUGAUGAUGUUUUGGCUAUGGCUUGGUUUUUUCUGGAGUUAAUUGUUAAAUCAAUGGCAUUGGAGAAGACUCGCCUGUUCUAUCACAGCCUUCCAAUAGGUGAAGAUAUCCCACCAAUGCAGUUGAAGGAUGGUGUAUUCAGAUGUAUAAUGCAGUUGUAUGAUUGCCUUCUCACUGAAGUGCAUGAGCGCUGUAAGAAGGGUUUAAGCUUGGCAAAACGCUUGAAUAGUAGUUUGGCUUUCUUUUGUUAUGAUCUUCUAUCCAUCAUUGAGCCACGACAGGUUUUUGAGCUGGUAUCAUUAUAUCUUGACAAGUUUUCUGGUGUUUGUCAAUCAGUUCUUCAUGAAUGCAAACUUACCUUUUUACAAAUAAUAUGUGAUCAAGAUCUUUUUGUGGAAAUGCCUGGAAGGGACCCUUCAGAUAGGAACUACCUUUCUUCUGUAUUAAUACAAGAACUCUUUGUUACUUGGGAUCAUGAAGAUGUGUCUUUACGAGCAAAGGCGGCAAGAAUCUUGGUAGUGCUCUUGUGCAAACAUGAGUUUGAUGUGAGAUACCAGAAGCCUGAGGAUAAGUUGUAUAUUGCUCAACUAUAUUUUCCACUUGUCGGACAGAUAUUAGAUGAAAUGCCAGUUUUCUACAACCUCAAUGCUGUUGAAAAGAGGGAAGUUUCUAUUGUAAUUUUGCAAAUAGUUCGAAACCUUGACGAUGCAUCCCUUGUCAAGGCAUGGCAGCAAAGCAUUGCCCGGACUAGAUUGUUUUUCAAGCUCAUGGAGGAAUGCUUGCUUCUAUUUGAGCACAAAAAACCUGCUGAUGGCAUGUUACUUGGCUCCAGUUCUCGCAAUCCGGUAGGUGAGGCACCUGCUUCCCCUAAGUACUCUGACAGACUUUCUCCUGCAAUCAACAACUAUCUGUCCGAGGCCUCACGGCAGGAAGUCAGGCCUCAGGGAACACCAGAUAAUGGGUACUUAUGGCAGAGAGUUAAUUCCCAGUUAAGCUCCCCUAGCCAGCCAUAUUCUUUGAGAGAGGCUCUAGCUCAAGCACAGUCUUCUAGGAUUGGAGCUUCUGCCCAAGCACUUCGAGAAUCUUUACAUCCACUUUUGAGACAGAAAUUGGAACUUUGGGAGGAAAAUUUGAGUGCCUCAGUCAGUCUUCAGGUCUUGGAGGUGACUGAGAAAUUUUCCAUGAUGGCUGAAUCCCACAGCAUUGCAACUGAUUAUGGAAAACUUGAUUGCAUAACAGUCGUGUUCAUGAGCUUUUUAUCUAGAAAUCAGCCUUUGACAUUUUGGAAAGCAUUUUUUCCUGUAUUUAACAGUGUUUUUGAUUUACACGGGGCAACUUUGAUGGCAAGGGAAAAUGAUCGUUUUUUAAAACAAGUCACUUUCCAUCUCCUCCGGCUUGCAGUUUUCCGAAACGAAAAUAUUAGGCAAAGGGCAGUUGUGGGCCUUCAGAUACUUGUGAGGAGUUCAUUUCAUUACUUUAUGCAGACAGCAAGAUUGAGAGUCAUGUUGAUUAUCACAUUGUCUGAGCUAAUGUCUGAUGUGCAAGUUACUCAGAUGAGAUCUGAUGGGAGCCUAGAGGAAAGUGGCGAAGCACGGCGACUUAGGAGGUCUUUAGAUGAAAUGAAGGAUGAAACUAAAAGUUCCUACCUGUUGAAGGAGUGUGGAUUAUCUGAGAAUGCUCUUGUGGCUGUUCCAGAAAAAAUAACAGAGAAUAGAUGGUCCUGGUCUGAGGUGAAAUAUCUCUCUGAUAGCCUUCUUUUGGCCCUUGAUGGCAGCUUGGAGCAUGCGCUAUUGGCCCCCAUGAUGACUAUGGAUAGAUAUGCUGCUGCUGAAAGCUUCUAUAAACUGGCCAUGGCAUUUGCCCCUGUCCCUGAUCUUCACAUAAUGUGGUUGCUUCAUCUAUGUGAUGCACAUCAGGAAAUGCAAUCUUGGGCAGAAGCUGCUCAGUGUGCUGUUGCUGUUGCUGGUGUUGUAAUGCAGGCCCUUGUUGCCAGAAACGAUGGUGUGUGGAGCAAAGACCACGUUGCUGCUUUACGGAAGAUUUGUCCUAUGGUCAGCAAUGAGAUCACCUCUGAAGCAUCUGCCGCUGAAGUUGAGGGAUAUGGUGCUUCAAAACUAACCGUUGACUCUGCCGUGAAAUACUUGCAGCUUGCUAAUAAGCUCUUCUCACAAGCUGAGCUUUUUCAUUUCUGUGCAAGCAUUCUUGAACUUGUCAUCCCAGUUUACAAAAGUAGGAGGGCUUAUGGACAGCUGGCUAAAUGUCACACGUUACUUACCAAUAUUUAUGAAUCAAUUCUUGAACAGGAAUCUAGUCCAAUUCCUUUUACAGAUGCAACAUACUACAGGGUUGGAUUUUAUGGUGAUAGGUUUGGGAAACUUGAUAAAAAGGAGUAUGUCUAUCGUGAGCCUCGUGAUGUACGUCUAGGUGACAUAAUGGAAAAACUUAGUCACAUAUACGAGUCUAGAAUGGAUGGUAAUCACACUUUGCAUAUUAUUCCAGAUUCUAGACAAGUGAAGGCAGAGGAGUUACAGCCUGGUGUCUGUUACCUUCAGAUUACUGCUGUUGAUCCAGUCAUGGAAGAUGAAGAUUUGGGAAGUAGGAGGGAAAGAAUUUUCUCACUCUCUACUGGAAGUGUUCGAGCCCGGGUAUUUGACCGAUUCUUGUUUGACACCCCAUUUACCAAAAAUGGCAAGACUCAAGGUGGAUUGGAAGAUCAAUGGAAGAGACGCACUGUUCUUCAGACCGAGGGUUCCUUUCCAGCGUUAGUAAAUAGACUAUUGGUAAUCAAAUCCGAGUCCCUUGAAUUCUCUCCAGUAGAAAAUGCAAUCGGAAUGAUUGAAACACGAACAGCUGCAUUGAGAAAUGAGCUUGAAGAGCCUCGAAGCUCCGAGGGUGAUCAACUUCCAAGACUUCAGAGUCUACAAAGAAUUCUCCAAGGCAGUGUUGCAGUACAAGUGAAUAGUGGCGUCUUGAGUGUCUGCACAGCCUUCUUGUCUGGGGAGCCUGCAACAAGGUUGCGGUCACAGGAACUGCAACAACUAAUAGCAGCCCUUCUUGAGUUCAUGGCUGUUUGUAAACGUGCCAUUCGCGUACACUUCAGAUUGAUUGGCGAGGAAGAUCAGGAUUUCCAUACACAGCUUGUUAAUGGUUUCCAGUCACUGACAGCAGAGUUAUCACAUUACAUUCCUGCCAUUCUCUCAGAGCUAUGACAAUGGUACAAGUGUUGCUUAAAAUUGCUUCCAUGUGUUCCUAGAGUUUUUUUCCUGGUUUCCUUUGCCAUCGCAUGCAAAGAUGUGUAGUUGCAUUUGCAUCAUGGUUCGUAUAUUUAGAAUUAUUGGAACCAGGUGAUUCAGGAAAAACACGAUUCAUCCUGUUUGUGCAUCACGAUGUUUCUAGUUUCCCCACUUUCCCCAUUUUAGUUUGUGGUGCGGGGAAUGCCAUUUGUGUAAUAUCCUAAUUGUUUAAGUGUUUAGUCAUACAGCUAUUGUGAAUGUGUACUAUUUUGUGUACAUGAGAAUGAAUCCUAGGGCAUUCAGUUCACAAUUCAAGAAAAAGCUAUUCCUAA